AUGACCAUGAGGUUACCUGUCUUGAUUCUUACUAUGGCUGCAGCAGCUGCAGCGUCUGCCCUCAGUGACUCCAAUGCUACAAGCACUGCAGACACUUCCAGUGUGGCUGCACUGGCUUCUGAGCAGACUGCAACCACCGUUGUUCUGGGCGCUGUUUCUACACCAGCAUCUGAUGCCAGCGCUUCUAUUACGCCUAGCGCAUCGGUUUCGCUUAGCUAUGUUUCUCCUUCCAAUGACACUGGCUCUGCUCAAGCUGCUCAAGUAGAUCUUGACAUGAAGUAUCCAACUGUUGUUCUGGAAAACAUCAACGACCUUGAUACAGUCGAUUGUUCGGACGGUUAUAUGCUAUUGGCAUUCAAUUCGACUAAUGCCUACGAGGGAGCCCUGAAUGAAUGGUCGGCUCACCAAGAAAUCGUCUUUAUCACCAAUCAUUUGGGCAACUGCGAUGCUGAACUUGAGCGUGGUUUCUUCUUGGCAGGCAGUUUCACUGCUGCUCAGGACUCGACUCCUAUCAUCAAUGCCACCAUCGCCAAGCAGGAUCUUUCGGAGACAGCAAACACAGCGUCUAUCUCCCUUGGUCGUAGUCAAGCCAGUGUUUCGAGACGUGGUUUGACCGAGGCUGUGCCUGUAUCUUAUGCACUCGAUCUUUUCAAUCUUAGCAAGACGGAUAUCGCGUUGGCGUCAGUGCCCAAUGUGCUUGAUUUGACUAUCAACAAAGUCAAUGCGGAAAGCGACAUUUCCCUUAUUGGCUCAAUUGUCUUUGACUUCAAUAAAUUCACAUUCAGCACUGUCGUCUUCGACAUCAACUACGACCUAUCUGCAUACCUUUCCGCCACUGUGGAGGUGACGAGCAGUUACCAAAAUACACUGUCUACCAAACCAGCAAUCAGCAUCAACCCAAUAUCGAUCGCUGGUAUACUUGAAUUUCAGCCUGCUUUGCAAUUCGCUCUAGGCGCCGAGAUCGUCGCUACUGGAAACAUCUCCGCCGUGUCAGAGACCUCAUUUGAUCUCAGUGAUGCGACGAUCCAUAUCGAUGCUUUGACCCCUGCCAACUCUUACUCAGGAAAAUGGUCACCUACAUUCCAGAACACUUUCAACUCCAGUGAGAACUUCGAUCUGAUCUUCAAUCCUAGCAUAUCGGCAGAUCUGUCUCUGGACGUGUUACUUCUUGGUAUAUGGUCGAUCGAAAGUGUUGGAUUGGUCGGAGCAUUCGACUUUGGCAACGAUCUCAGCUUGAAGUCCUCCAAUUCAACAUGCGAGGUCUCACUCACCCAGGAAGUAGACUUUACUCUUGACCUCGACUUUGACGAUCUGGUAAUCGAUCUCUACAAAUAUGACUCCGGCUUGAUCCAGAGCUGUCUGUAG